AUGCAGUUCCUUCAACUUUUGCCGCUGGCAUUCAUCAGUUCGGUCUUGGCUGACGAAAGUAGCCUCGCCCAGAUUGAGAGUGCCCUGUCCGCCCUUUCUGUCACAAAUAUUGAAGAUGUCCGCGGCAAUAUCCACCUCCCAGCAGAUUCGGAUGGCUUCACUGUCACAUGGAACAGCAGCAACACAGCAGUCAUCAGCAAUGACGGCGUGGUCAACCGUCAAGGAAGCGACACUUCAGUGACUCUUGUUGCUACCAUCGAGUCCGGUGAUGAAGUCCUUGAGCGAGAGUUCAAGGCAUCUGUUCGACAGAAGACUAGCAUCGGAGCUUUCGAAGGUUACGCCUUUUCAUACUUCACGGGAAACUCUAUUCAAGGCGAGAAUAUCUUCUUCGCUUCAAGCAACGGGAACAAUGCCCUCGACUGGAAGGAACUUAAUGGCGGCCAACCAGUCCUCAAGUCCACGCUCGGCACUAAAGGUCUACGAGAUCCUUUCAUCAUUCGCUCUCCCGAGGGAGAUACCUUCUACCUGAUCGCCACCGACCUCUCUAUCGGAAGUGGCACCUCCUGGGGAGCGGCAGUCCGACAAGGUAGUCUCUACCUCGAAGUGUGGGAGUCUCAUGACUUGGUUAACUGGUCCGAACAACGCCAUGUCAAGGUCUCGCCUGAUAAUGCUGGCAACACCUGGGCACCUGAGGCAUUUUGGGAUUCUGAACAACAAGCCUAUGUCGUUUUCUGGGCGUCGUCACUGUACGGUGAAGAUGACCCUAAGCAUGAGGGGAGCUCCUAUCACCGCAUGCUAUACUCUCUCACUCGCGACUUCGUUACCUUUUCGAAACCGGAGAUCUGGCAGGAUACUGGUGAUUCUCGGAUUGACACCACCGUCAUCAAGUCCGGAAAUACUCUCUACCGCUUCACCAAGGAUGAAGGCGCUGUUACUGGAUGCACGGAUAUCAUCCAAGAAAAGUCCAACUCACUUCUUGCACCUGAUGAUGAAUGGACGACCCAGGCCAGUUGCAUUGGAGCUAAGGCUGGGCUCAAAGCCAUCGAGGGCCCCACGGCAUUCCGAUCAAACCCAGGCGAUGCCCAUGGCGAAAAGUUCUACCUCUUUGUUGACGAGUACGGUGGUCGUGGUUAUAUCCCUCUUGAGACUGAUGACAUCGACAAACCGAACUGGAAGGUCUCGAGCAGCUACAAGCUUCCAACAAGCCCUCGACAUGGCACAGUUAUCCCUAUCACUGCGAAUGAGCACGAAGCGCUCGAGAGUGCUUUGGGCGCAUAG